UCGAUCACCGCCCUUCCACCUUCCACCAUCCAACAAGGCUGGAGCCUCACAAAAAAGCGUCAGGAUGGACCUUGGGGAGACAGCGAGAGCAUGGCUGCUCUGGGCGCUUGUGGUGCACGGCGCCGUUGGAGGAAAUCCUGAUGCGAAAAGGCUUUACGACGACUUACUAUCCAACUACAACAAACUCGUGAGGCCGGUGGUCAACACGACUGACGUUCUUCGAGUGUGCAUCAAGCUCAAAUUAUCACAGCUCAUAGAUGUGAACCUCAAGAACCAGAUAAUGACAACUAAUUUAUGGGUCGAACAGUCGUGGUACGACUACAAAUUGAGGUGGGAACCAAAAGAGUACGGCGGAGUUCAAAUGCUUCAUGUGCCUUCAGAUCACAUCUGGCGUCCAGAUAUAGUAUUAUACAAUAACGCUGACGGUAACUUUGAAGUGACGUUGGCAACAAAGGCUACCAUCUACCAUCAGGGACUGGUCGAGUGGAAGCCACCCGCCAUCUACAAGUCGUCCUGUGAGAUCGACGUGGAAUACUUCCCGUUCGACGAACAGACCUGCGUCCUUAAGUUCGGUAGUUGGACCUACGACGGGUUUAAGGUGGAUUUGCGCCAUAUGGACGAGAAACAAGGCUCAAACGUCGUGGAGGUCGGUGUCGAUCUUUCAGAAUUUUACAUGUCUGUGGAAUGGGAUAUCUUGGAAGUUCCAGCUGUCCGGAACGAGAGGUUUUAUACUUGCUGCGAUGAACCAUAUUUGGACAUAACGUUCAACAUAACGAUGAGAAGAAAGACUCUUUUCUACACGGUGAACAUCAUAAUCCCAUGCAUGGGGAUAUCAUUUUUAACCGUGCUCACCUUUUACCUGCCAUCUGACAGCGGAGAAAAAGUUACUCUGUCGAUAUCGAUUCUUAUUAGUCUCCACGUGUUCUUCCUUCUGGUAGUUGAAAUUAUUCCGCCCACGUCUCUAGUAGUUCCUCUGCUUGGAAAAUAUCUUAUAUUUGCUAUGAUCCUCGUAUCAAUAAGUAUAUGCGUGACUGUAGUCGUGCUCAACGUGCACUUCCGGUCUCCCCAGACUCACAAGAUGGCACCUUGGGUGAAAAGAGUGUUCAUACACAUCCUUCCGAGACUUCUCGUCAUGCGGAGGCCUCAAUACCAAUUCGAGGCCAACAGGUUCAGCAAAGGGCUCAUGAUGCGAACUAGCAGACAGGGCAAAACUGAACUAUCUUCUUACUAUCCUUACAGAGGAGGUGCUGGAUACCUGGAUAGCCCGCUAUCAGCAUCGAAAGAGAGACUUUCUCCUGACAGUAUUUGCGAAGGCCUAUCGGGAUUCGGGGGCAGCUGUCAGAUCCAUGGACCGUCUCUCGUUUCCGCUGACACAGAGGAGAUAACGUUGAGCGAUUCCAAAUCUCCGCCACCCAUUAUCAGAAGCCCUGCCUUCUCCCAUUCCAAGUGUCCGCAGACCAUGCACAAAUCCUGUUUUUGCGUGCGUUUCAUCGCUGAACACACGAAGAUGCAAGAAGAUUCUACAAAGGUUAAAGAAGAUUGGAAGUACGUUGCUAUGGUCCUCGACAGACUUUUCCUUUGGAUCUUCACUCUGGCCGUUUUCGUCGGAACGGCCGGAAUUAUUCUACAAGCGCCGACACUUUACGACGACAGAAUUCCGAUCGAUAAAAAAUUUUCGGAUUAUGCCUCGACAGUCGUAAGGUGUCCACCUCCUCAAUAAUUUCCGCCGGCAUCUAAAAGGUUGGUUGUUCUCAAUGUCACCAUAAAAGUUGUAACUUUGCAAAAAGAUGAUUCUGCAGAAUCUGCAAGUCGUGAAGAAAAAUACUACGUGGAGCCAAUUCGCGUAAGCUUGAUUGGAUAUAAUAAAGCUAGUUUGAUAUAUCUUUGUGCCCGAAAGAAGAAAACUUGUAAAAAAAAGUAACGAUGUCAAUAUAAACUGUAUAAGGAGGUACAAUUGAACGAAUCAUACCAAAUGAUACAUGUACUUGCUCAAUAUUUAUUUAUAAUUUUAAUAGCACGACCUAGCAUUUUACGACAGUUUUUGUAGAUAUCUGCAUUACAAUUUUUACGAGGCACGAGGUUCAAAUUGAUUUAAAAUGUUCACAAUUUUCCCUUUAUAUGAAAGUGUCGUAAUUCGUGUGUUUUGUUCAAUUAAAUUGACAUCACAUUAAAAAAAAAAAUAUUGUUCUUAUAUCUGUGAUAAAGCAUGGUAUG